AUCGUGCCUUACGUCCACAUCUACUUCCGGGACGGUAUUUCCGGUGGACACAUUACUGCGGCGUUCGGCGUUGUUGCGAACUCGUCAACAAGCGUGUGGACGCAGAGGCUGAUGAGGCUGGCGAGAUAUGCCAAGCACAGAAGCGGAAUUUAGCUCUCGUCGGCGCCGGCAGCUUGUUCGUCAGUAGACUGCUGCUGCCCACCGUCCACUUGAAGCGCGGCUCAGUCGCUUGGAGUAUCGCUGCACUUCGACUCACGGCUAAGCCCCACCCGCCGCCUCCUCUUCCCCCCCGCAUGCACUCCGUCCUCUGUCCACGGAUGUUCCUCGGUGGGGCUCAUCGGGCUCCGGAUGGGGCGCCGGUUCAUCCCGCACUGACUACUAACUCCGUUAACAUAAAAGCGCCACGACCAGUCUCCUCAACGCCAUCAGCAACAUGCGCCUCCCUCUCAACACCCUCCUCCUUGCCCGUGCCGCCCCGGUCAGCGGGCAAGUGAACGACACGACGCUGACCCUUCCCGCUUCGGAGCCACCCUACUCGCAGCCGCUGGACCCCCAGCUCGGCUCCUUCUCGAUCGAGAUGGACCACUGGCGGGACUGGGCGGGCCCGACCGUCGGCGCACCCAACGCCUUUGUGAACACGGCACUCGGCCAGCUCUCCUCGCGCACCGGCAAGCCCGUGUAUCUCCGCGUGGGCGCGAACAGCGAGGACCGCGCGACGCUGGACCUGGAUGUGGCGGUCAUGGACGCGGAGUUCCCGCCGCCGACGCCCGCCGUGCCGGCGCCUGAGGCCUCGGCGAUCCGCAUCGGGCGUGACUUCUACGCACUCAGCGCCAAUCUGCCUCCCGGAACGGACCUGCACUGGGGCGUGAACCUCAAGGCUUUGAACCAGGACGAGACGCGCGCGCAGCUCGCCCACCUCGCGGAAACCUUUGAGCGACCUGAGCUCGCUCACGUCCACCUGCGCGCCGUCGAGCUCGGCAACGAGGCCGACUUCUACGCCGGCCGCCACGGCGCCGGGAUCUACAAGGAGGGAUGGGAGGACUGGGAUGCGGCGAACUACACCGCGACGUGGGUGCGGAGCGCGCGCGACGCCCUCCCCCUCUUCGACUGGGAGACGACGACGCUCAGCCCGGGCUCGUUCGCCAACCUCCUCACGCUCUCCGGCAUGAAGUGGCCCGCGGCUGCCUGCUACCAGGCCGGCAUGCUUGCCGACCCCGAGAUUCGCGCCGCCACGCGCCAAUUCUCAAUGCACACGUACUCCGGCGCUUUCGAAGAGGGCAUGCCCGUCCACAUCGGCAGCCUGAUGAGCAAGCAAAAUGUGCGCGGUAACCUUACCGUCAAGACGGCAGACGUUGCCGCCACUCAUGCUGAGGGCCUCGAGUACACGCUCAGCGAGGGCAACUCGUACGGCCACCACGGCAUUCCGGGACUCAGCAACGGCGGCGAGCAGACCAUUUGGGGCGUCGACCACCUCCUCCAGAUCGCGAGCCUUGGCAUCAAGCGCAUGCACUUUCACAAUGGCCGCGGGUUCACGUACAACGUUCUUCAACCGGUCGCGCUCGAAGGUACUGGUGUUGAUGAUGGCACGGGGCUGCAGGGCGCCCAUGUCUCGGCGCUCUACCACGCGCUCCUCAUCGUUGCGGAGGCCACGGGGAAGGGCGAGGCCAAGGUUGUUGAAAUUCCGACGAGCAUCGACUCCCUUGCUGCUUACGGCGUGUAUGAGGAUGGCAAGCUUGUGCGCCUCGUCAUCAUCAACUCGGACAUAUACGUCGAGGGUAUGGGCGAGCGUUCCGGCACCCGCGUCAAGAUUGAUGGCGUUCGUGGCAAGGCCCGCCGCUUCCACACCCCCUUCACCAACGCAACCAAGGGCUUUACUUGGGCUGGACAGAGUUUCGAGACGCCCACGAGUGAACCCACGGGUGAUGUUGUUGAGGAGCCCGUCGACGGGUCAGUGGAGCUCGAGGCCACAUCUGUAGUCCUCAUUGCCCUCGAGUAAUUCGUAGAAAAGUCGAGAAGGAGUAGAAUAUCUAGAAUCCAGAGAAUAUGCAG